GGGAAAGCGGAGUGUUAAAAGGCAGGCUGGGGCAGAGAUCCUGAUGCUGCAGGACACACAUAGAGUGGUGGUGGGUGCGGAGAGGUGUGCAGUGCGCACGUACAGAUGCAGAGAGAUAGUGUUGGAUUUAAAAAAUACCCUUAUUAUACUGCAGUACACGCAGAUAUAUUUAUUGUUACACAGAUACCGUUAAAACUGUAGUACACACAAUCAUAUACACAUUGUUAAACUGCAAUAAACACAUACAUAUACAGUACAGUGAUCGUGUUACAUAGAGAUCUUUAUACUGCAGUACACACAGUGAGCUAGAUAAUAUUGGUCUGGAAAACCAAACGGCCGAUGGAAUUGGCAUAAUAUUUUAAUUUAGACGUAAGCAACACAACGGAACGUGUGAUUGUACUUGCUUGUAUGUACUGACGAUUUCUACAUAGACUACAUAGUCAAUAGUGUUGUAUGGACACAUACCGUAGCAAAACACAUAGAGAGAUCUAUUAUAUACACCGAGAUCCUUAUACUGCAGUACACAGUUAUAUCAUUCUAGGCACACAUUAUUUAUUAAAUGAGGUAUCACUGAAGCGAUACCCACGGCUAUAAUUAGAGAAAACCCUUAUACUGCAGUGCGCACACCAUAACAUACGUACACACACAUUGCUUACAUUGUAUGUACAUGGAGCGUUGUACACGUACAUAACACGGGCAGUAUACAUACAGUGUGUAUAUAUACUCUUUAUACAUUGGUGUUAAUGCGAUAAGGAGAUAGUGAAUGAUAUAGUCGGUUGAUUGGAAAACAUAGACCAGCCUUUAGCAGCAAAAGCGUCAUUAUCAGCAGCAGCUCCACGGUGUGAAGUCAUUUGCGUCGCGAUCAGCAUCAGCCACCAAGCAACGGCUCUAUCGUCAGCGGCAUCAUUACCAGGCUCUCAGCUGCCAGUCUAACUCAAGACCAGUGUCCUGCUCAACGCCACGACCAUCCUCCACCUCCCCGUCUUCUCACCUGUCCACCAAGGAGAACCCCUCCGCGCUCCCACACCAUGUCGGAGGGCUCCCCCGAAUCCCCCAAGCGCCACGUGUCCCCCUCUCCGUGCUCUUCGCAGUCCGACUCGGACACCACGGGCCCUCUCCUCCUCGACCACAACUAUGGCCACGACAACGACGAGGAGGACGACGACGAAGAUGCCGUGACUUGCCACCGCGGCCACCGCGGCCACCACGCCAUUGUCGGCAUCGACGGCGACCGCAAGUCCCGGCAGGCGUCGGUGCGUGUGCCAAUGUUCGAUGGCGCCACCGCGGCUGCCGCAGAGAAGAAGAAGAAGAUGGAGCUGGGGGCAGCGGCGGGGGGUGGCGCCGGAGCCCGGGAUGUGGCCAGCGCCGGCAAGGACACUAGCGUUGGGAGUUCGGUGGAGCGGCAGACGUGGGGCAGGCAGCUCGACUUCCUGAUGUCGUGCGUGGGCUAUGCGGUGGGGCUCGGCAACGUCUGGCGCUUCCCUUACCUGUGCUACCGCAACGGCGGAGGGGUGUUCCUCAUCCCCUACUGUCUGACGCUCAUCGCUGCGGGGAUCCCCUGCUUCUUCAUGGAGGUGUCGCUGGGACAGUUCACCAAGCAGGGUGGCAUCGGUGCCUGGGGCAUCUCGCCGAUCUUCAAAGGCCUGGGCUACGCCUCCAUGGUCAUCGUCUUCUACUGCAACUGCUACUACAUCCUGAUCCUCGCCUGGGCGCUUUACUACCUGGCCCACUGCUUCACCAUGGGGCCGUUGCCCUGGGCUACCUGCGGCAACAAUUGGAACACCAAGUUCUGCUCAGACGGCACCUGCCAGUACCCGUCAGCGGACGCCAACGGCACGGAGGGGUCACUCAAUGGGACGGCAGGACCCGGGUUUCUGAAUGGAACGGCACGGUCGAUGGCAUGGCCGGCGCUGACGAAUGCCACGUCGGGGUCGUCACUGCUGCCGCUGAGCAACGUGUCGGCUCUGGGGCACGCAUGCCCCCCUCUCAACGUCGUCACCACCUCGUCCGUCGUGGAGUUCUGGGAGCGUAAGACGCUGGCCAUGACGACGGGCCUGCACGACUUGGGCUCCGUGCACUGGGAGAUGCUGCUGUGCCUCAUUGCCGCCUGGCUCAUCGUCUACUUCUGUGUGUGGAAGGGCGUUCGCAGCACGGGAAAGGUCGUGUACUUCACGUCCACGUUCCGCUACCUGAUGCUGAUCGCGCUGUUUGCGCGCGGCGUCACCUUGCCCGGCGCCAUGGGUGGCAUCAAGUACUACCUGCAGACCGACUGGCAGAAGCUCGCCACGCCACAGGUGUGGCUGGAUGCCGGCACACAGACGUUCUACUCAUACGCGCUUGGUUUCGGAGCCCUGUCCACCCUCGGCAGUUACAACCGCUUCCACAACAACUGCCUCAGGGACACGUACGUGCUGGCGCUCAUUAACUCUGGUACGAGCCUCUUUGCCGGCUUCGUGGUCUUCUCCAUCCUGGGCUUCAUGGCGCACGAGCAGGGCGUGCCCAUCGACAUGGUCGCAGAGUCCGGUCCUGGGCUGGCAUUCAUCGCGUACCCUCGCGCCGUCACCAUGAUGCCGGUGCCCGUGCUCUGGGCCGUCCUCUUCUUCGUCAUGCUGCUGCUGCUCGGCCUCGAUAGCCAGUUUGUGGCGAUCGAGGGGUUCGUGACGGGCAUCUCGGACAUAUUCCCCACGGUGCUGCGCGGCCGCGGGAGGCGCGAACUCUUCGUCGCCGCCUGCUGCAUCGUAAAAUUCCUCGUCAGCUUUGUCAUGGUCAUGCAGGGAGGAAUCUACAUCUUCCAGCUGUUUGACAACUACGCAGUGAGCGGCUACACUCUGCUGUGGCAGGUCGGGUGGCAGUGCAUCGUGGUGGCGUGGGUCUACGGUAGCUCCCGCUUCAUGGAGGAUGUGGUGCUCAUGAUUGGGUAUCGGCCCAACCGGUGGAUCGGGUGGUGUUGGAAAUUCAUCACUCCCACACUGUGCAUGGGCAUGCUGCUGUUCCAGCUGAUUCAGUACAAGGGCCCCACGUACAACAAGGUGUACGUGUACCCGUGGUGGGGCGAGGCACUGGGCUGGCUGCUCUCCCUCUCCUCCAUGCUGUGCCUGCCCCUCACCCUCCUCUACCUGCUCGUGGCGCGUGGCAAGGGCACGCUGAAGCAGCGCUGGCGCCACCUCACCACGCCGGUGCUGGGCCCCCACGUGGAGCGCCAUCGCCGCGCGGCCCUAGCAGCCGCGGGGCCCCCUGACAACAGGGCCCUCGACACCCUCAUCGGGGGGCACCACACCAAGGGGGGCGCUCCCAACGGCAACGCCACAGAGCUCGAGAUGCUGAGGGAAAGCAAGAUGUGAGGGGGGGGGGGCGGGGAGGAGUCCCCUUUACGCAAAGGGGGGUCCUUAGUCUCCAGAGGGUCCCUUUAUAUAGAGGAGUCCUCGAUAUCAACCCAGGGUCCCAUUUAUCAUCAGGAGGUUCCAUUUGUUUAGAGAGGGUCUUCUUUAUCAAAUAUCAGUGUCCUCUUUGUCAAUUUGAGGAUCUCCUGUAUCAUAAGAAGUCCCCCCCCCCUCUUAAUUGGGUCCCCCUUAAUCUCACGGGGUCCCGUUUAUUAGGGGUCCCCUUUAUUUUAGAAGGGUUACCUUUAUCACAGAGACGAUCAUCAGGAGAGGGCCCCUUUUAUCGACGGGGGGGUGGGGGGGGAACGCACGUACGGGGGCCUUGGGUACGCGAGGGAGUGGUGGGGGGGGCGGGUGAGAGGGGUAUAUUGGUAUCCAGUGCGAUGCGGAUACAUGGGGCACUGUGUGCGUGCGUGCGUGUUGCACGUGAUACAUGGAGCACUGUGUGCGUGCGUGCGUGUUGCACGUGAUACAUGGAGCACUGUGUGCGUGCGUGCGUGUUGCACGUGAUACAUGGGGCACUGUGCGUGCGUGUGUGUUGCACGUGAUACAUGGGGCACUGUGCGUGCGUGCGUGUUGCACGUGAUACAUGGGGCACUGUGUGCGUGCGUGUGUGUUGCACGUGAUAUGCACUUUUCUUUUUUAACGAAUUUAACAUUUUUUUAUUUAGUUUUCGUUUCCCAUUUCGCAUCUCUCUGCAAGUGCUUGUAGUCACCAUUCACACCCCCGCUGUGUGAGCAGGGGUAGGGGGCAGCCACGGUCGUGUAAAGGUGGGGGGGGGGCAGUGCGGUGGUUGUUGUUGGUGAAUGAACGAUCUUACUCCGGGUUUUUCUCUGGAUUACUGCAAUUUCCCCCACCCAAAAAAAAACCCGGACAGGAUCUUUCUCAUCAUCAGAGCACGAAGCUCGACUCGAAUAAAAAAAAUACUCUGCUCCACCACCGCCGCUGCCCUUAUGAUUUGCUCUCGAUUUUUUUCCCCAUUUAUAUGUUGUAAACAAAAAAAUACGUAAUCCGUGACCGACGAAUUUUUUCCACGCCAUCUCGUAGACAGGCGAAUCCACCGCCCACAGACGCCGCAGAGUAAACUUUAGCAAUUGUUUCGACAAGCGAAACAAGAAGCGUCCCGGCAAGGCCGUCUGACCGCUGUGCAGAGAAGCAGUCGUCACGGGUGCUCCGGCCUCGCUCCACCGGCGUUUUGCUUUGCCUCGCUUUCCGUAACAACAGAAAAAAAUCGAGGGUGGGCCGACCGGACUGUCUCGUUAUCGUUGUUUUCAUUGCCUUUAUGUUUCUUCAUUUAAAUGGUUGUCGUUUAAAAGCGAGGUGGGGACAGAGAGAGGUGGGGGGUGGUGGUGGGGGGGGGAGAAGGCGGUGUGACUUGGUGACCCGCGCGUCUGCAGGCUAAUGACAGCGAAACGCGGUGACCCAACGCGCCGCUAUUAACCGCUGGUGCGCGUCGCGUGAGUGGAACGGGCCAGCCCCCUUUUAUUCGGAUUCCUGAUACGGGAAGACGCCACUGGCGUUGCCGGACGACACGGGAGCAGAGGCUUGGGAAGUCGGGAGCGGUCCCCGUAACUGGCCACGUGGCUCAGCGGUGAUCGGAGGUUGACUUGCCCCAUCAUCCCUCCAGGGUCAAUUAAAUGAAUACUGCACCACUUUGAGGGGAGAUUAACGGCAUUUGUCCUAUGGAUAGACUUACCCCCGCCAUAGUAACGUGGAAUUAUGCCAAUUCGCCACUGGCUGAGGGCUGCUGUAGACGGGAGAUGAGCAUGAUGCCUCAAUGCUCAUUUGAUAAGCUGUUGAUCGCUCUUGCUUUGCGUGUUUAGUUGAAACAGCUACUGGCUCCCAAAACUCUCAACCCAAAUAUCCAGUACCUGGACCGACGUCUCCAGAAUGUAUUUGAUUGUAUCCAGGAUGUUGAAUGGUCCCUCCGGAGCCAGGACCGGCGGUUACAGAUCCAAUCUCUACCCCUUCAUCUGCUUAUACUGGAUAUGGAUGCGUGUCACUGGACAGACUGAUAUGUUCAUCCUAACAAAGGUGAAGGUGAUGGGGUGGGGAGACGGGAAGGACUUGGGAGAGGGGGGGGGCACAUUAAUGAUAAUCAUUUGGGGGCGACUGCCCUCAUGCUAUGCCCCCCUAACCCCCCCCCCCCCCCCGGAUUCCUCCACUAAUG